AUGAGACAGAGGAGACAGGGGAAAGUGGGGAAAUCUGAUGAAGGGUGUACGACUAGCUCCGGUUUUUUCGCGACUGACUCAGACGUGGCUGGAUGUAUUAGAAGAUUGAUGGGAUGUUUAAACUCGGAUGUGGCCACGGUGGUUUGGAAUAAAGCAAGAGCAAUUGGUGUUUCAGGUGGGGGAUUAGUAGAUAUCUGUUUCAUUCAAGAGUCUAAAUUAAGUAAUAUUGAUUCGGUGAAUGUUAAAUCCUUAUGGGGAGAGGGAGAUAUGAAGUGGAGUGCUAAGUGGUCAAUGGGGAGGUCUGGAGGUAUCAUCACUAUGUGGAAAGUUGGCCUAUUUGAAGUGCUUUUCAACUUUGUUGGCGAUUGUUUUUUGGGGUUAGCUCUGAAUUGGAAAGGGAAGACUGUGUAUGUGGUUAAUGUGUAUGCUUCUUGUUUCCUUGAUAAGAAUAAGGAGAUGUGGAAGAAAUUAAGGGAGUUGAGAGCAAAAUUUCAAGAGGGAGAAUGGUGCAUUGGAGGAGAUUUUAAUGUCGUGUGUGAUAAAGGGGAGCGGAAAGGUAUUGGUGUUCAGAUGAAUGGUGGGGAUAUUCAGAAUUUCAAUGAGUUUAUCUCUUCGAUGGAGCUUCAUGACUUACCGGUUCUAGGUAAUCGUUUCACUUGGUUCAAUUUGGUUGGGUCAGCUUGCAGCAGGAUUGACAGAUUUUUGAUUAGUGAGGGCCUUGUGAACAGGCAGGUUGUGGGGGAGAGGAGUGUUUCUGACCAUUUCCCUAUUCGGCUAAAUGGUGUAGUGAAAGACUGGGGCCCUAAGCCAUUUAAACUGUUUAAGUGUUGGCUUAAUCAUGACGGUUUCAAGCCGUUUCUGGAGGAAGGAUGGAAAGCUUUAUCCAAUAUUCGUGGCAAACCUGGAUUUGUGAUAAAAGAGAAAUUGUCAAAGUUGAAGGCUUUGAUUAGGAUAUGGAAUAAGGAGGUCUCUGUACUGUCCAUACCAUAA